UGGGUCUGGGCCAGGGGCGAUAGCUCCUUCUCAAGCAGUCCUACAGGCCCUGCUCUCGGCAUCUGGGUUGAUAGUGUCUGUUAACGUUUUGAAGCCUAACCUUUAAAGAAACCCAGCUGUCAAAAUGACAUUUACCUUAAACCUUGACAGAGUGCAAUGUUGGUAAGGGGAUAGAAAAGGGAGCGUUAAAAAAAAAAGAAAGAAAGAAAAAGAAAGAAAGAAAAGGGAGUGUUUACCACACUGACCGGGACCGCCUGGAGAGGCGGGGUGGGAGGGAUGCUGAGGGCAGCAGCCCAUCCCUGUAGACCUCCCCCCACCCACUCGUGGGUUCCAUGCAGCUGCAUAUGUGGCCAGUGCUGUUUCUCAUUAUUCUUUGUCCAUUGUGCCUGUGUCAUCCUCUCGGGUACAAGGCUUAAGUAAAGAUCCAGUUCCCACCCCAAAAAUGCUGGCUGCCAAAAGGGGAUGUUCUCCUUUGGCAGCCUUCCCCCAAGACAGACCAGAGCCGCUGAGCAGACGGCUGUCCUGGUGCUGGUGUCAGGCCUCGCUCAGCAUUGCCUGGGCCGGGUGGCCAUGGCUCUCCCCUCACUCUGCGGGAGCAGGGCUAGUGGGAGCCUCAGCGGCCAGCGCUGUGAAGGGAGCCAGGCCAGGUACUGCCGGAUACCCAGCCCCUGGCCCUCUGCCUCCCCAUCCCUCAGAGACUGAGGGUCCCAGCAGGCCAUGCAGCUGUGCCAAGGUACCUCCGGCAUGGCAGCAGCCGAAGCGCCUGGCUACCUCGUGUCCCCUCAGACGGAGAAGCACCGGCGUGCCCGCAACUGGACCGAUGCCGAGAUGCGCGGCCUCAUGCUCGUCUGGGAGGAAUUCUUCGACGAGCUGAAGCAGACCAAGCGCAAUGCCAAGGUGUACGAGAAGAUGGCCAGCAAACUGCUGGAGAUGACAGGCGAGCGCCGGCUGGGCGAGGAGAUCAAGAUCAAGAUCACCAACAUGACCUUCCAGUACAGGAAAUUAAAAUGCAUGACAGAUAGCGAGUCCGUCCCGCCCGACUGGCCCUAUUACCUAGCCAUUGAUAGGAUUCUGGCCAAGGUCCCCGAGUCCUGUGAUGGCAAACUGCCGGACGGCCAGCAGCCGGGGCCCUCCACGUCCCAGACCGAGGCGUCCCUGUCGCCGUCUGCUAAGUCCACCCCUCUGUACUUACCGUAUAACCAGUGCUCCUACGAAGGCCGCUUCCAGGACGAUCGCUCCGACAGCUCCUCCAGCUUACUGUCCCUUAAGUUCAGGUCAGACGAGCGGCCCGUGAAGAAGCGCAAGGUGCAGAGCUGCCACUUCCAGAAGAAGAAGCUGCGGCUGCUGGAGGCCAUGCUGGAGGAGCAGCGCAAGCUGAGUCGCGCCAUGGAGGAGACGUGCCGGGAGGUGCGUCGCGUGCUGGACCAGCAGAACCUCCUGCAGGUGCAGAGCCUGCAGCUCCAGGAGCGCAUGAUGAGUCUGCUGGAGAAGAUGAUUGCCAAGUCCAACGUGUAGGCUGCCGGGUGGGCUGGCGGGCGGGUGGGCAGCCAGGGCCCGAGCAGGCUGGCCAUACAACACAGGCCGGCCGGGCCAGGCCAGGUCCCAGAGGGAGCCAGCCUCACGCUGGCCCCUGGGGCUGCUCCUGGAUCGGACUUCCUGGUGUGGAAGCCCCUCCUCAGACACAGGCCAAGGACACCAGGUCACACGGGGGUGAUCCCCCAGUGGGAACUCCUAGAACCUGUUCUCCGGUGUGGUGACUACCGAUGAUACUUGAAAUGGCUUUCGGCAUUAAACGUGUAAUUUUUCAUGACUCCCUGGAAGCAGAGUUCACCUUUCCAGCUCAGAGGGAAUGCGCCAGGUUGGUCUAUUCCAAAAACAAAAGCAUAUGGAAACAGGCAAGUGGCAGCUUUGCACUCGUAACAGAAACUGUCCUGAAGGGGAGAUGCCUGCCUGCCCCUCCCUAGAGUCUGCAGCAGUACUCCUGAGGUGGCCUCUGAUGCCACAGCAAACCCAGGGAGCCUUCAGCCCUCUCCUUGGAGUACUGGGUGCUCCAAUCGCCUCCCAGCAAGAAGGCUAACAGAGCAAUGACAGCUACCCACAGGCACCACCCUGUUCAUUUUCCUAGGCCUGGGGGUGUCACGCUGAUGAACAGAGACCUGGCCUCAUGCACUCCCGUUCCAGGCGAGGAGGCAAACGCGUGAAGAAGGAAAUGACAUGAUAGCAGGUGGUGGUCAACGCAGGACAGGAAGGGCUGGCCCCAAGCAUGAGGAAGCCUCACAGAAGCAACCAGGCAGUGCUGCCAGGCCACAGACGCACAGGAAGCUUUUGGGUGUUGUGCUGGCCGGGGCCCUCUGAGCAGGAGGUGGUGGUGUCCAGAGCUGUGAGAUAAUGCUCACCUCCCUGCCUCUGCCCUUUCCAGCAGGAAAACCAUUCCAGACGCUUCUCUGCUGAAUUCUUCCUAAGUCCUGUUGGCCACUUGGGCUUUGGUCUCUGACUGCAAAGGAUGAAGGGCACGGGAGUGUCUGGCCCCCCCUGGGACCAGCAUGUUGCUGCCCACCCAGCAGGGUUGUGAGGCGAUGCAGCAAGUGACAUGGUUGACUUUUGACCUAGAAAAGCUCCUUCUGGGUGCUCCUGAGCAGCCCCAUGGCAGGUGGGAUGAAGGCAGGGGUCCUGCCAGGAGGCUGUCACAGUCAUCCUGGUUGACAGUGACCCCUCAUGGGACACUCCGGUGGCCUUUGAAGUCAGCCACCCAAGGUCGAGCAGGUGGAGCAGAGGCCAGUCGCAGGCCUGGCUACAGAGUCCCAAGGGCAGAGCCAGAUGGGACAGGAUGGAUGCCCCUGGCUCACCAGCUCGGGGACCUCCCCAGAGCACAUGUGCAUGGACUCAAACCAUGCUGCUUUGGGACCCAAGGCAGUAGUUCGGUGAAUGUAUGACAGGAGGCUCUGCUGAAGUGUGAACUUACCAAUUUCUGCCAAAACGGUCAGUGUUCCCAGCAAGGCCAGUGUCAGCUACCAGCAUGACGUCACUGAACCAGUGCUGGGGAGGCAUGCACAGAACAAGCCCCAAAACCCCACCACACAGGAGACUGAGGGAGUGCCUCAUCCUGAAGACCUGAACUGAGGGCUGAUUUCUGGCACAGGAACCCAGCUGCUCCUGAGACAUGAUGUCCCAGCGAGAACUUGAUUGACAGACACUCAGCCAGCUGGGCUAUGCCAAGGCUGCUGGCUAGAACCCCAUCAGAGUGGCCCAGGGGUCACCGAGGUAGCCACAGACUGUGGCUCCAAGUGAUGCAGGAGCUCCCUUACCUUAAUUGUCCUGGUGCUCCCAUGGCUGUGGCUGUGGCCAUGGCCAUGGCAUACCAGGUUUAACCAUCCUGGCACUCCUGGAGCUGUGGCCAGGGCUACCAGGGUUAACAUAGUGGCAGAAGGCGAUAGUUGCAGUAUGUUAUGUAGCAUUUUUGCCUUUGUAAUUAGAAGUCAUUUGCACUAUUUAACUUUCCCAGCUGUCUCUCUGAGUGUGGGAUCAGUGCUGUCUCUCUCCAUGUCUGCAGAUUCUGUGCUGCCCCAUACUCUGUUGGGCUGGAGCAGAACCGGUGUGGUCAGGUGGAGGCCAGCCGGACAACCGCCUGCGUCACGCGCUUCAUAAAUAGUGUGUCUGUAGGGAGUCUCUGAUUUCUUCUGUAGUUAUUGGUCCAUUAAGGGGGAAAGUGACUCUAUUAGUAAACACUAAGCUGUUUGAUAAGAUCCAGCAAGACAAUGAUCCUUUUAACACCAAAAACUGAACUCCAAAACCAAACAAAUAUGCUUUCUCUCCCUUUAUUAUUUAAUUUUGGCAUUUAUAUAGCUAAUGCAUCAAGACAAACAAAUAAGUGGGAUAAAAGAAAUGAAAAUUGCCUUUAUUUUCAGAUGAUAUUUUUAUAUUCCCAGAAAACCAGAUAUACAAAAGAUCAAGAACUCUUUAAACCACCUUGAACCUGUGGAUUAUGAGAAUGGAAUGUUCCAUUCAGGGUCAUAAUUGAGAACCGCAGGGAGUCAAUGAGCAAGUUUAACCAGAAAGGUACAGGAUCGACAUGAAGAAAACUACGGUUUUAUUGUAAAAUCUAAAACAAUUCCUGAGCGUGUGGAGAAACCGCAUACUCCUAAAAGUGCCAAAGUAAAGUGUCAUCAUUUUAUUAAUGUAAUUCCAGCAAUAGUCUCAAUAACAUUGUGGGUUUUUGUUUAUUUUUAAAUGGAAGAAAGUUGUUUUUUUUUGCUGUUGUUGUUGUUAUUUUUUAAUUUGAAGUCAGCUCCAUGCCCAGUGCAGAGCCUGACACUGGCUUGAACUCAUGACCCUAAGAUCCUGACCUGAGCCCAGAUCAAGAGCCAGAUGCUUCACUCACUGAGCCGCCCAGGUGCCCCUGAAGAAAGUAUUUUUAAGUUCAAAUGAAAAAGAAUUGGGCAGAGGUCUGAGGCCGAAGGAUGAGGAAGACCUUCUGGGCCUCAUGUGGCGCUGGGAAAUGCAGAACAGAAGCAAAAAGUGUGCAGUCAGUCACACACCCAUGCAGCCAGUGUGCUGUCAGGGUCAAAGCUGGAAAAACAUCAGGAGACAGGAACUCAGACUACACUAGGGGCGGCAGGGCCCCAGGCCAGCCAGAGCCAAGUGGCUUCUUCUCGAGGAGCUGACCGCAUGCAUGCUGCCCGGAGCUGGUCCCCGAGCCUCUGCACUCACAGGGCCCUCCAUGCUCUAGGAGGCCCUGAAGAUGUCACAGCCUCUGUUCCUGUGGGUCCUUGCCACCAAUUCUAACACCUAAUAGACCUUACUAGAAAUCAAACCUAAAACUUAAAAAUUGAACUCAUUUCAAAAUAAUAAACCCAUUACAUGUUGACAUAAACAACAAUUGCAUGAAAAAUACAUUUUCCAAAACAAAAGGUUUUCAGGAGAAGAGGGGCGUUGUGUCACAUGCUGGAGAGCAGCCCGCGGGCUGUCACAGCUGGCUCCAGCCUCGGGCUGGUGGGUGUCCACGGGAGACCCGGUGCUGCAUGGACAGGUGUUUGGAACAGAAAGAUCAUGGUGGACACCUCUCCCAGGAAGGACACUGGCUGUGCGGGCUAGUUGCAGUGUGGACUCAGCCCACCAGCUCUUCCAGAGUUGUGUUGAACCUGCAGCCAGCCAUUGGUCCCGUGCCUCGGGGACCUCUCUGUUCGCCACGCUCUGUAACGCUGUACACCGGGCAUUUGGAAAAUUCUGGUUCUCCCUGUCAUGCGUGUCUUCUGUGCCAAUACAGUGCACAGACACCAUCAGCUGCUUGCUCUCACUCUCCCACCCCGACAGAGCCUUUCCCAGGGUGGGUUUUCGGGCUCAAAGUGGUGGAGGCAGCUCUUCCACGGUCCUGACCUUGGCAAAAAAAGCCAGAAUCUUGCCACCGGCCACCACAACCACGUGACUUGUUUUCCCCAUAGGGACAGCUCCCUUUGUUGGUUUCCAAGAGCACAUCCACCAGGCGCCAGAGGCCUUUCAGGUGAAAAUCAUGUUCCUGUGAAGAAUGUUUGCAGCUGCAUCUUCUGGCAGCUGAACGGUGACCACGGGUUUCUCCCUGACAGCUGUCACACCAUAUGGUGGGAGUCUGUCACACAGACUGUCCAUCUUGUCAUGCAGAAUAUUAAAAAGAUGUGUGUCCCAGGGCCAAGAUUUAAUAAAAUUAGUACAUUUUACUGCCUCAUUGGGGACACUUUUAAGGGAAACGUGUUUUUUGCAGACAGUGUGUGGUGGGAGGGACACGGGACAUGUCCUGUUUCUCACCAAGGACCCAGCCUUUCCACCCAGCACUGCAAAUGCCAAUGUGCUGAAGAUGGCAGAGGGCGUUUUUCCUUUGUGAUAAUACGUUGGGCCUCAGGGACACUUGGGGUCCGCAGAUCAGUCUCUUGGGGAGGCCCAGGCAUGGGUGUAAGGCAACAGGGAUGAGAAGAUGCUUGGUGGCCUUACUGGUAUCUGUGCAUCCUGGAAAGCUCUGGUGGGUCAGAGGGGGCAGGGAUAAGGAGGUGGUCUGCAGCCUUUGUGCAACCUCCCCCAACCCCACCAGCCCCCAUGAGCUGUGUCCCCCAGGGGGGCCCAGAAGGAGGUCCUGCUUCCCUCCAACCCCUCUGCUGUCCUGCUGACCACCUGCUGUGUACCAGGAACAGGGGAGUAGGGUGGUAUCAGUCAGAGGCUUGACAAUGAGGGGAGGACACCCUGAGCAAAGAAAAUGGGCUCAUAGCUGGAAGGUCAUCGCUUCAGAGAGAAAGAGUGUCACACUGACCUGCCUGGGAGCUCCAGCCCCUGGCUCUGAGUUAGCUGCCAUCUCCAGGACUCCUAGGCGAGGACCUCACACCAGGGCUUGUGCGGGGUGCCAGCCCGGGGCCAUCUCCCCAGAGGGACCUGCACCCACUUCCUGGAGGUAUAAUUGGACCAAAGAACAGGCCCAAUCCCCCAAAUGGCUUCAGAGCCACCAAAAUGGAAGCCUUGACAAGCACAGGAGCAUGUCUUCCUGGCACACCUUGGUUUGGCUUCCAAAAGGCAGGUGCAUCUUUGAGAACAAUGGGUGAUCCUUCAGCUCAUUCAAGGGGGGGGGAUUCCCAUUUACAGCUGCGUGUCCUAUAUUAGACCUAUUCAGUGGCCUACAACCAGCGCUUUCCUCUCGCCAGAGCAGAAGGCAUCGGCUGCCCUUCAGUUUUGCCUUGUAGGGCACUAGGUCAGCAUGAUCCAAGAUCAUCCGUCAACCAGGAGACCAUCCUUGUUUUCCUCCAAGGCAGCAUCAGUUCUCUACUCCCUUCCAGUUUGUCUUCAGGGACCUCCACCUUCUUGUCAUCCAGGAGAUCCACAAGAGCCGAGAGUCCACAUGUCAGGGGGUCAGAGCAGGGGAAGAUGAGGGAGCAGAUGCACAGGCCUCAUGGUGAACCACAUACACAUGGCGGAGGGCAUGCUGACCCUCUGUGGGGCUGGCCAGCCACACAUACCUCCUUUGAACAUGUGGGCUGGGGCGGGAGGGGCCGCUGGCUGACCCGCACCAGGACACAGCAGAGGAAGGCCUGAGAUUCAGGAACUGACGAUGUCUUUGGAAAACAGCCUUUGGUGCUGGAGUUUCUGGCCCUUGUGCAACCCCGGGACUGCUUCUGGCUCCUCUGAGCCCUUCCUGGUUACCCCCAUGCAUGUGUGUGACAUGGUCCUGGGGAGGAGCCCCGAGCACAGCUCUGAGCCCUCCUGCUAGGGUCAUGGUACAACUUCCUGGGUACUCUGUGGUAAUGCAGGGUGACACCCUGCCCCCCUGCAAGGGCAGCACCACGUCCGCGUGGCGGCAGCAGUUGCAUGGGUCCCAGGUAGAUGAACAGAUCCCACCAGGCUCUCGUGACAGCGGCGCAGUGGAUACCCCUGUGUGUACUUAGGCACACUAGUGAGCAUUUGUAAAAUCAGACAAGACAGCUUCAGGGGAACAGAAAGUUGACCAGGAAAGUCACCGUGUUAGACUCAGCAGCUCAUGUGUGAGGGAGGGGUGCAGUUUAUGUCUCCAACACAGGUCCCAUGUCACAGCACCGGCUGCCGACCCCAGCUGUCCCUCCACUACUGAAUGGUUUGGGAAUCUUUCUUAAAGAUAAAUCUUUCUUAAAUCUUUCAAAUGGUUGCCCAGGAUGCCUGGCAGGCUCAGUUGUGGAGCAUGUGACUUAAUCUCAGGGUCAUGAGUCCAUGCCCCACAUUGGGUGUAGAGAUGACUGAAAAAUAAACU